AGCGAUGCAGCAGCCGGGAUCAAAAUGGCAAUAAUCAACACAGCCCACCCGGAACAAAUUAUUACGGAGGAGCAGGCCCAGACACUGAAGGAGUGGUUGCUCCAAAAGGUUAAGGAGGCAGAAUCCGAAGAGUUGUCUCCCAGAUUCCUUGAAUGCAGACUCCGCGGGAGCGCAUUGCUGAUCUCUUGCUAUGACCAGGCUACCAGAGACUGGCUGGAAAGGAGGCUAAGGGAGGAUGCACCAACAGAACCAUCGGGUCUGAGGCUUAUCGAGGCCAAAGACUUGACUCAACCGAUCAAGGCGAUGGUGUUUAUACCAGGACCUGUUACAGACCCGAAAAAGAUCUGGAGAAGGAUCGCCUUACGGAAUAAACCUCUCAACACAGAGGGAUGGCAGACGAUCAGUCAAAAAGAAGAACCGAAAGGGCAACUCCUUGUAAUAAGGAUGGAAAAGACCUCUUGGGACAAACUAGGAGAGGUGGCUCAGUAUCGCCCAUUCCUGAACUUUGGCCGGGUCGAGUUCAAACCCCUCAUAAAGAAGGGCGAACCACCGGAAAAAGUACCGACGACGAUGGGUAUAGUGGCAACAACAGCCACAACAACAACACUGGCAACGGACAUGACGAUGGAGGUGGAGGACGAACAAGGAGCGAGUCCUAAGGUCCGGGAGGAGGGCCAACCGUAGAGAUCUUGUAGCAGUAAGGUUGGAGGGCACUAGGGAGGGGAUACCGAGGGACAUAGUAGUCGCAUCGGCGUACCUUCCCUAUGAUCAGUCCGCAGGACCUCCAACCGAAGAAGUCAGGAGGCUGAUGGAAUACUGUAGGGGAAAGAACCUGCAGCUUAUCAUGGGAUGUGACGCUAAUGCACACCACAUAAUAUGGGGGAGCAGUGACACAAAGAGCAGGGAUUUGAAACAGUGUACAAAGUGUAUUUUCGGAUGCUAUAACCUAUAAAUUGAAUACACAUUAUCUUUUGCUCGCAUCAUUUUGGAUUUUUAAUGGUUUUGGAUAUAUUUCGUGUGGAGAGAAAUUGUUCCAGCUACCAGUUGAAAAGUAUACUUCGGAGAAAUUUAUGUACAAUGCCGUUGCAGUAAGUGCAAACAUAUAUACCCACACAGCACACUUUAUCCUGAGGAUAUUCCAAAUUGUCGCAGAUUUACUAACACAAUCCCAAAGAUAUCCAAGUAUGUAGCAUCUAGGAUAUCCCAAAAGGAUAUCGUUACGAUAUCUUACUGAAAUCUUCGUAUCGCGUGAUAUCGACAGGAUAUCUAUCGCAUGUCAGGAUAUCAUCACAUUUCAUACAGUACAAAAGUCUAACGUCGUAGGGAUGUCCACAGAAUAUACAAUGUUCUUUAGGUAUCCCUUCAAUGUCUCUCGGACUUUUGUGCUGUAUGGGAUAAUGAUACGAUAUUUCAUAGCAUCACUCGGACAUCCUAUGGAUAUUGUCUGCGAUAUUUGUAGGAUAUCACAUAGGCGGAUACUUGUGCAUAUUUUGUACAUCUCUCGGAUAACUGAGAUCAUCUUGGGAUAUCUUAUGGCUAUUGCGAUAUCCCAAAAUGAUAUCUAUGGAAUAUCUCUCAGAUAAAGUGUGCUGUGUGGGAUACAUAUUAUACUAUAUUAUAAUUUGUAUUCAAGAAGUUGCUACGUACUUUCUCUUUACUGUGACAGUAUUUUCACGGUUUUAUAAUUCACAUUUUAUAGUUUUUCUACAUAGUUUAAAUAUUUUACUCGUCUUGCUGUACAAUAUUGUAUUUAGAUUGAUUGCAAAAUACUUAUUGAUAAAAUUUGACGGAAAUAUUUAGAUUGUUGGACAAUAUUCAAUAAUAAACGAUUACACUUGAAGCUAAAAUAAAAAAAGAAAUGAAGUGGCAAAAGAACAAUUAAACUUCAUAAUUUUACUUGAGCCGAA